AUGAGUCACGACAACACGGGGCGGAACGCGGAGGAGACGAGACAAGGCAAAGAUGUGCUCAAGUGCAUCAUGCCGCUGAGAACUUGUGAGCUGAGUGUACUUGAUGGGCUUCUUUUCCUCCUUAGUCAGCUCAAGAUACGACAGUCUGUUUUGAGUCGCACUAGGCAACGAGGAGCGGACUUUCUACGCUCUGAGAUUGUGUAG